GCGUCUUCAUGAGGGCAAUUGAUCAUUAACACUCAGUAAAUUUACAAUAGCAAAGGAAGUUCCCCAUCAGAAACGAAAGCGACAUGACAGAUCCGACGGUUCCACCCGAUCUUGCCUCAAUUCUUGCCACGCUCGCACAAUUUGCGCCUCAGCAACAAGAUCAACAGCAACCUCCACAAUCAACAGCCACACCUCCGGCCAUCACAGAUCCUAGAUUACAAAGACGUCAACAAAAUCAGAUCAUCCAAUCCUCAAAUCAGACUUUCCACAGCCAGACAUCAUCACAGCUCCAGCACAAUGACCAUCAAUCGUCAAAUUCCUACAAUCCUCAAGCUGCAAUCUUCCAGCCUGUCAAACCACAGGGAAGAUCAGCACCACCACCGCCAAGAACAUCAACACCUCAGCAGCAGGAACAAACCAUCAUCGACCCUGCUACUAUCACCGAGUGGUCUGCAGGAUUGAGAUGCGUGACUAAGAUUGCCGCGCAGAAUCCUGGCUUUGCAGAGAAGAUUCGAGGUUUGAUCAACGAUCAACGAAGAAAUGAAAUGCAAUGGUAUUCAAGUAGACAAGCACUUAAGCAAAUGCAAGCAAAGAGAUCAGCAAGUUCAAAUGAGUUGCAGAAUAUCCUAAAAUCCGUCGGCAGCAUGACAAGCCCCUCUAUACCCCAAACUCCCGAGGAAAAAGCAACGGAACUAGCCCUCUUUGAUCAAAAACUCUACAAAGCUCAAGUGGAUAUGAACGAGUCAAUGUCUUUGACGUUGAAGCAUCUCGGUGUGCCAUUCUUCGGUACUCAUGCUGCGUUGAUAUUACCCGAUCAUAAUAACCUCAAAGACGAAGAGGGAAAAGUCAUUGAUGUGCAGGGAGAGAGACCUAAGUGGUCGCCAAGAGUUACAGGCAAGGAAUUAUUGGAGUUGAAGAGGAGGAUGGUGGGGUAUCUUGAGGAUAUGUACAAGAGUUGAGAACUGAGGAUGAGAAGAAGGGCUGGAGAAGAGGAAUGAAAGGUUACCUAUGACAGAGAUUUGGAGUGCCGGAGAUAGAUUUCAUUACCAAAGAACAAAUUACUUUGAAAGAGAACAAGGGGUUAGUGAAAGAAAGCUAUACACUAAAUUCGGAAAGUAUUGCUUCUCUACAG